AUGUUGUUGCAUCCGGAGAUGGCGCUCCCACUGAGGCCGAUACGCACAAAGCCUCUGGAUGGUGGCACCACCGGCGACGAGGGCUUGCCGGCAACGACGCCGACAGCGGAGGACGCGAGGAUUCCGGAGAAGCUGCCGUGCCCGCCGGCGCCGAAGAAGAGGAAACCCCCACAGAGGUGCCAAAUGGGGGAUACCGAGUUCUUCAGGCCGCCGGAGCUGGAGACGGUGUUCGUACGCCGGCGAGAGACUGCCGAGUGA